AUGGAGCUGACGCACCAUCUGGGUGAAUCGGUCGAGACAGCCGAAUUUCUGCAUGAUUUUCCACAGUCCUUCACGAUUCACCGUGUCGAAGGCAUUCGUCAGAUUGGUCCGCAUCUCCUGGAACUUCUCCUGAAGUUGACGGGCGUCGAAGAUCAUGUCCGCGGUCCCACGAUGACGACGGAAGCCGCACUGGCCUUCCGGCAAGGGACCUUGUUCCAGAUGAUGGUUCAGGCGACUGAGGAGAAUGCGAACCAAGAUCCUUCCGUUGAUGUUUGGCCGAAAAAUGCCCCUGUGGUUGUCGCGGAGCUGGAGAUCAUCUUUUCGCUUGUAAAGAUGGACGAUAGUGGCUUCCUUGAACUCAUGGGGAAUCCGUCCUUGACGUCACAUCUCCUGGAAAAGCGCUGUAGGGUGAGCCAUCAGUUGGGGGGCCACCGUGCUUGAAGAUCUCAGCAGGGAUCGCGUCCAUUCCGGGCGAUUUCCCACUACAGAGCUGCUGUACGGCCCUGAUGGUUUCGUGGAGGGAGGCCGAGGUCGACGUUGGUCUCCACUUGAGGCAGACGGGAGAUUGCGGCGUCAGAAAUGGUGUUGCGACUGUUUAAGACGCCUCGGAAGUGCUCUACCAAUCGCCGUAGGAUUUGUUUCUUCUCACUGAGUAGGGUACUUACGUCGACGCUGAGGAGAGGGACAGUUGUUUUAGUUGCCGGACCGUAGAUAGCCUUGAUCACGGAGAAGACACUAUUCCAUUCGUUGCGAUCCGCGCACCCUUGGAUCUCUUUGGUCUGGCGAGCCGUCCAAGCGUCCUGCAUCUCGUGCAGCCGCUGUUGCACAAGGCGGCGACUACGGCAGAAGGCCACGUCGUUGUCGUCGGUGGGGCGAUUUACGUAGGUUUUGGGCAGUCGAUUCUUGGCGGCGAGCAGGUUGCUGAUGGUGGCAUCGUUGUCAUCGAACCAGUUCUGGUGUUGGCGUCGUGCGUGACCGAGGACAGCCAGGACCGUCGACUAGACUGCGUCCCGCAGUUGACACCAUCGGUUCUCCAAGGAGGUUUUCUUGUCAGCGGCGGCGACUGGAAGGUUGGCUGGCCCUUAAGCAAGCUCGUUGCUGAAAUGGAGAUGGGUAGCAGGCAAAGACAACAGAAAAAUAUUCCGCUUACCUGGUGGUUGCUUACCCUGAGGUCUCCUACGAGGCUGUAG